AGCGACAUCUGGUCCCUGGGGAUCACGGCCAUUGAGAUGGCCGAAGGAGCUCCUCCCCUGUGUGACAUGCACCCCAUGCGUGCUCUCUUCCUCAUCCCGCGCAAUCCUCCGCCCAAGCUGAAGUCCAAGAAAUGGUCCAAGAAGUUCAUCGACUUCAUUGACAACUGCCUGAUCAAAGCCUACCCCAACCGCCCCCCCACUGAGCAGCUGCUCAAGUUCCCCUUCAUCCGCGACCAGCCCACUGAGCGGCAGGUCCGCAUCCAGCUCAAGGACCACAUCGACCGCACCCGCAAGAAGAGAGGGGAGAAGGACGAGACGGAGUAUGAGUACAGCGGCAGUGAGGAAGAGGACGAUGGGCGCGGUGAGGAAGGAGAGCCGAGCUCCAUCAUGAAUGUCCCCGGGGAGUCCACCCUGCGGAGGGAGUUCCUCCGCCUGCAGCAGGAGAACAAGAGCAACUCGGAGGCUCUGAAGCUGCAGCAGCAACUGGCCGCCCAGCACCGUGACUCCGAGGCCCAUAUCAAACACCUGCUGCACCAGCGCCAGCGCCGCAUCGAGGAGCAGAAGGAAGAGCGCCGGCGAGUGGAAGAGCAGCAGCGCCGAGAGCGAGAGCAGCGGAAGCUUCAGGGCAAGGAGCACCAGCGGCGCCUGGAGGACCUGCAAGUGAUGCGCCGAGAGGAGGAGCGGCGGCAGGCGGAGCGGGAGCAGGAGUACAUCAGGCACAAGCUGGAGGAGGAGCAGAGGCAGCUGGAGAUCCUGCAGCAGCAGCUCCUGCAGGAACAGGCCCUGCUGCUGGAGUACAAGCGGAAGCAGCUGGAGGAGCAGCGGCAGUCGGAGCGGCUCCAGAGGCAGCUCCAGCAGGAGCACGCCUACCUCAAGUCCCUCCAGCAGCAGCAGCAGCAGCAGCAGCCGCAGCCCCAGCAGCCGAAGCCCCUCUACCACCACAGCCGCAGCAGCGCGGCCGCCCCCGAGAAGCCCCCCUGGGCCCGGGAGGUGGAGGAGCGGCUGAGCAAGGAGAGCUCCCCUUCGCUGGCAGCCAAGACCAAGCUGGGGGCCCCCGGGCAAGACGUCGGCCCCCAGCCCUGUGCCGAGUCGGGGGCCCUCGCCUCGUCCUCUCAGACGCCCCCCAUGCAGCGCCCUGUCGAACCCCAGGAGGGGCAGCACAAG